AGGAGCGUUGUAAUACGACGCGGCAGAAGGGGCCUCCUUCCGGCGGCUGGUGUCAGUGCGUGUUUCAGCAAAUAAAAAGGUUUAAAAGCGUAGAACUCAAAAUUGCCCGUCCGGACCAAUGCAGCAAAACGGAGUUGACGCGGACCGCUUCCUAUACUCAGUGCAAAGUGCGUCCCCUGCGAUGAAGGAGGCGCCGGAGAAGUGCUUCUUCUUAGCCAAAAAAUUUCUCCAGAACGGUGAACACGAGCAGGCUAAGAGACAUGUGUCAGCCUACCUGGGAGUUAAGGAGAGAGACCCGAAGGCACACAGACUGUUGGGGCUGAUCUUUGAGAAGGAAAGAGAUGUGAACAAGGCUGUGGGCUGCUACAAGCGCUCUGUGGAUCUGGACCCAAGACAAAAGGAUGUCGUUCUCAGGGUGGCUGAGCUGCUCUGCAACUUGCCAGAGACAGACAGCAGGGCAGACUUCUGGGUGGACAAGGCAGCCAAGCUUCUUCCAAACCAUCCUAUUGUCUUCAAGCUGAAGGAGAAGCUGCUCAGUGCACAGGGGCAGCGAGGCAGGAACCAGCUGUUUGACCUGCUGAAGUCUCAGCUGAAGGUGUGUCCAAGUGACCCCUACAUCAACGUGAAGCUGGUGCAGCUGUACUGUUCUGACGGGCAGUUAAAGGAAGCAGUUGACCACUGCCUUGCUGUGGAGAAGAAAAGGGACAUGCGAUACAGCCUGGACUGGUACUCCACGGUCACACAGACAAUUCAGGAGUACUUGACCCAGCCUAGUGUGCUGUCCAAUCACAGUUUGUGUUCCAUGCUAAGAAGGGAGUUGCUCUUGGCCCACUGCAACUUGCUGAGACAGACUCUGUUUGAGCCAGGGGUGGAGCAAAGUGUGAAAGCCUUGCAAAGUUUCGACCAAGCCAUGCAGUCUGUGAAGAUGGCAUCAGGAAAUACUGCAAACGGGCUUACCGAGUUGGUCUCCGAGCUCAGAGGUCACCUAUACCUGUAUGCUGGAACGUUCUUCCUGAAGAUGGUGCACAACAGGGAGUAUCAGAAGAAGCCUGGAGUACAGUUGGCAUCAUUAUGCUACCUUUUAGCCUAUCAGAUUCCCAGACCGAAGAGCCGACCUUCUAAAGGGGAGCCAGCUGCCAGCCGGCUGUUGGAUCUCCUGGCCAGUGAUCGCAAAAGCCAGUCAGGGCACAUGCUUCUGAGCCUGGCCCAGCAGGGUGAAUGCUUCAAGGAGAUUGUGGAGAACCUUUGCAAUGAGCCUGGAAAGAAGCUUCUGUUUGAGGACCUCUUUGGCUCUCAGUGUCCUGCUCCCCAGUCUUUCAUCGCCAAUGACAACAUCCAUGGUGUGAGCACAAAGAUGCCAGAGAUAAGCGACCUUGAGAAGCUGGACAGUGAUGCAGUCUUGCUGUGUGGAGAGAGCCUGCAGCAGCUGACCUGGCUGGGCCUGCAGUUGGUGCACUUGGGCCGCAGACCUUGUUUUGGGGCCUGGCUCAAAAAACUGUUUCCGCGCCACAUCCAGGAAACCUUCAAACUAGACAGUAAUGCCACUGAAUCCAUCUGUCUGCUUGACCUCGAGGUGUUCCUGUGUGGCGUAGUGUUCACCAGCCCGUUGCUGCAGGCAGGCCACGGUGUCCUGCCACCUUGCUGUUUGCCCUUGCAGAUCAUAGGGCAGUUAGCCACAGAGAGACAGAGUGAAUGGUGGGACGACGCUUGCUGUUUCAUCAACCGAAAAGUGACGAUGUCGAACACGGCGAGGGUGCAGAAGACCAUCCAGUGUGGGCUGGACACCCUGAAGGGGAUAGGAAAGCUACACGGUCUGCAGCCGGCGCUGCUCAUAUGCUGGGCACAACACCUCAGUUACAUGGGUCACAGCCUGAGGUCCUGUGACAAGAGGGCUUAUAUUGGUCGUAGUGUGCACUACUGGGCUGUUGUGAAGCCCUUGCUUCAGGACAUUAAGGCAAACCGGAGUAUUCCUAUACCACUCAAGCCCUUGUUUCCACACGUUCGUGAUAAAGAUAUUCAGGUAUCGUCUGUUGUCGGGUAUGAAAACGAGGCAGAAACAGUCUUUGCGGUGCUCCAGGAUAUCAAGGGAAACACAGAGCACGCAAUCUCUAUCCUGGAAGACGCCAAGACCAUUUCUGCAUUCUGGCAUCUGGCACAGAUCUUUCGAAGGUGUUCUGAAGAAGCGGCUAACAGUUCAGAAAAAGCUGAAUAUCUUCGGAAGAUAUGGAAGUGUUUAACCAAGGUGUGCCAAGCCGAUGCUGCCGAUCUUGAGAAGGUGCAGCUGCCAAUUUCAAUGGAGGAACUCAUGGAUUGGCUGAGUGAGGUCAGGCAGCAGCUGGGGGAGGGCACAGGGGCCCUGGAAGAUGAGGCUGGCUGUCAGGAGCAGCCUGGCACUGGUCCCAUCUUUGUGCUGCCGGAGCCCUCUGAUCCCUCUUCACUGAGCUCCAGGUCCUUGCCAGCCAAGAGUGUGGCUUCACCCUCAAAAAGGCUUGUGUUCUCACCUAAGACCCCCCCUCAGUGGGCUGAGGACCAGACGUCUAUGUUCCAGAUGUUGUUCCAAGAAAUGGAGGCCCUAACGAAUGAGCUACACAACUGGUCUGGAUCCAUGGCGUCUGCCAACCCUCGGGCUCCUGGGGAGGCCCACACGGUGGAAUCCCAUGGGGAGUCUUUUUCACCGGCCCAGAAUCUGCACGGUGCCCCCCUCACAGUGGCUACAACUGGUCUUUCUGGGUAUUGCAGUCAGCCUCCUGCUUAUGAUUCUCAGUACCUCCUUCGUACAGCUACCAAUGUAACCCCAACUAAGGCUCCAGUGUAUCGGAUGAACAGUCUCCCCCCCCAGCCGCGCAUUUAUCCCCAUGACCAGCUGUAUGGUGCUCCUUUGCACUUUGAUCAGCCAGCACCUAGCCUUCUCUCCCCCUAUGGCGAGGACUACUAUAGCCAUGCUGUUUCUCAAUCCACUACUAAUCCCACUCUGCCUGAGCCUGGUUAUUUCACCAAGUCAAGGCCACAGUCACAACCACUGAAAUGUGAGGAAGAAAAAUUCCCAGACCUUGGUUUUGGCCAGCCAAGCCCAGCUGUGCCUCUCAGAGCUGGAGUAAUAACCCAGUCUACCACAGCAGCUGCAUUCAAGUUCAAUUCAAAUUUCAAAUCAAAUGAUGGAGAUUUUACCUUCUCAUCUGCUCAGGCAAAAAACAAUGAAAUUCUGAGGCCUUUGACCUCUGAUAUGCAUAUAGGAACUGAAGGAUUUCUAGGGGAGAAGCGUCCUAAUGAAGACCAGACACCUGGCCAUAGUGUGAUCUUUAGUUUUGGCUGUAAAGAUUCCUCUGGGAUUUCACCUACCAGUGCCACACAGGGUCCAAGUAACCAGAGCAUAUUUGUUGAGAAAGAAAAGCCAUUCACUUUCACAGGUAUGUCUAAAGUGAUGGAUAGAGUGGACAAGGCAAACAGAAAGCAGCGGGAUGAAAAGGGUAUGGAAAGUGACAAUGACAGUACUCGAGUAGAAGAGGAUGAGGAUGGCCCUCACUUUGAGCCUAUCAUUCCUCUUCCAGAUAAAGUGGAUGUAAAAACUGGAGAAGAGGAGGAAGAGGAAAUAUUCUGUAGCAGAGCCAAACUCUUCCGCUUUGAAAGUGACAGUAAGGAGUGGAAAGAGAGGGGCAUUGGCAGUGUCAAAAUACUGAGGCACAAGACAUCAAGCAAGGUCCGCCUCCUAAUGAGGAGAGACCAAGUGCUGAAGAUCUGUGCCAACCACUACAUUACUGAGGACAUGGAGCUCAAGCUGAAUGCUGGCUCCGACAGAUCCUGGGUUUGGCAUGCAGUCGAUUAUGCAGAUGAGAUACCAAAGCCGGAGCAGCUAGCCAUCCGUUUUAAAACUGUUGAAGAAGCAGCCCUAUUCAAAGGCAAGUUUGACCAGGCUCGGAUGUCUACAGGACAAGACCAAAAACAAAUGAAGUCUGCUGAUGUUAAAGGGUUUGUAGCUCCCAUACCUGCUUUGGGGGCUUUUACUUUUCAGUUUGGUGAACACUUUCAGAAAACUUCAGGCUCGAAUUCUGCAUCAUUGGGGUUUGGAUCAUUUCCUCAAAUACCUACAUCAUUCAAGUUUGGGACUAGCACUGAAUCAGCCACUGCUGACAAUUUGCAGAUAACUAAAAAGUUGUCUCCAAAGAUAUCUUCAGAAGAUACUGCAGCGACAGUGAAACCAGUAAGUAGUUCAUCCAGCAUUGGGUUUGGUGCUCAGUUUACCAAGAAGCCUGGUCAGUGGGAUUGUGACACAUGUUCCAUAAUGAAUGAAGCCACUGCCAGUGGGUUUGGUGCUCAGUUUACCAAGAAGCCUGGUCAGUGGGAUUGUGACACAUGUUCCAUAAUGAAUGAAGCCACUGCAACUUCUUGUAUUGCUUGUCAGGCUCCAAAUCCUAACCGCAAGUCUUUGGUGGAUUCCACAUCUGCAGUGAAACCAGCAAGUAGUUUGUCCAGCAGUGGGUUUGGUGCUCAGUUUACCAAGAUGUCUGGUCAGUGGGAUUGUGACACUUGUGCGGUAAGGAAUGAGGCCACUGCAGCCUGCUGUAUGGCUUGCCAGGCUCCAAAUCCCUGUAAGAAGUCUUCUCAAUGGGAUUGUGACACUUGUGCAGUGAGGAAUGAGGCCACUGCAGCCUGCUGUAUGGAUUGCCAGGCUCCAAAUCCCUGUAAGAAGUCUUCUCAAUGGGAUUGUGACACUUGUGCAGUGAGGAAUGAGGCCACCGCAGCCUGCUGUAUGGCUUGCCAGACUCCAAAUCCCUGUAAGAAGUCUUCUCAAUGGGAUUGUGACUCUUGUGCAGUUAGGAAUGAGGCCAGUGCAACUCGCUGUAUUUCCUGCCAGGCUCCCUUCAAAAUCCAGAUGCUAGAAGGACCAUGGGAUUGUGAGAAAUGUUUGACAAGAAAUGAAUUCUCUUCAAGUCACUGUGUUUCCUGUGGGACCCCUAAUUCAAGUGCAAAAGUCAAAGCCACACCUUUACUUUCAGGCUUUAUUUUAAAUCCGAAAUCACCAGAGCAAUUUCCUAGGUUCAGUGCUCCCAGCACCUUUAAAUUUGGUCAAGCGGAUGACAAGGGUCCCCAUUCAUCUAAGGUUGAACUGAAGUCAGCCACCUCUUCUUCCAGCAGUGGCUUUUCUUUUUCAAUGCCAAUCCCUACUGGUGGGUUUAAGUUUGGAAUACAGGAACCUGUAAAAGAGCCCACUUUUGAAUCCUUUCCAAAAAACCAUAGUAAUGAAUCUAAAGAAAAAGGGAACCAUGGUACAGAUGUCACCAAGUCCUAUUUUCCAGCUCAAGGUGAACAAGGCGAAAGUCCUGUGUUGCACUUCAAACCAUACACAUUACCGUUAGCAGAUUUAACCAGAUCCUCUCAGGGUGACUUUCAGUUUGAGCAUAAGGACCCUGAAUUUAAAGACUUCACCCAAGCAGGUGAACAGGUUUUUACAUCACUUCAGCCUCCUGUUAAAAUUAAUAGCUCCGUUCAGGAUGAAGAUGACAUGUACAAGACUGAGGAGAAUGACGACAUUCAGUUUGAACCUGUAGUCAAGAUGCCUGAGAAAGUGGAUCUGGUCACAGGGGAGGAAAACGAAGAUGUGUUGUAUUCUCAGCGUGUUAAGCUUUUUAGAUUUGAUGCAGAUUCUAGCCAGUGGAAAGAGAGAGGUGUUGGAAAUCUGAAGUUUCUGAAAAACAAAGAAAAUGGAAGGCUUAGAGUGCUUAUGAGGAGAGACCAGGUGCUCAAGGUGUGUGCCAACCACUGGAUCAAUACCACUAUGAAUCUGAAGCCUCUCUCUGGAUCUGAUAGAGCUUGGAUGUGGCUCGCUAAUGAUUUCUCUGAUGGCGAUGCCAAGCCGGAGCAGCUUGCUGCCAAGUUUAAAACACCAGACUUGGCAAAAGAGUUUAAGCUAAAGUUUGAGGAGUGUCAGAAACUUCUCCUGGACAUACCUUUGCAGACUCCUCACAAACUGAUUGACUCUGGAAGGACUGCACAUCUAAUUCAAAAAGCAGAAGAGAUGAAAUCUGGCUUAAAACACCUGAAAUCUUUCUUGACUGAUGAUAAAGCAAAAAUCAGCCAGGAUGAAGGUCAAGUCAGUACUGCUACUGCUGCCGACACUUCGAGGUUGGUCCUUAAAAGCAAUGCGGACAGUACAAUCCCUACUUUGGAAUGGGAAGAUUAUAACUUGCAAAAAGAACCCUUGCAUGAUAGUUCAGAAGCCUCUCUGUGUGCUUCCCCAUCAUCUAACAGUCCUGUUCAGAGAGCAUUGUUUCGUUUUGGAGAGUCAACAUCUGAUUUCAACUUCAGUUUCCAGCCUAUUGUCACCCCCACCAAAUCUCCAUCAAGAGUUAACCAGAGCAGAGUAUCUGUUGGCACAGAUGAGGAAUCUGAAACAACUCAAGAAGACGACAGGGAUGGGCAGUUUUUUGAACCCAUUGUGCCCUUACCUGAUCUAGUGGAUAUCUCUACAGGUGAGGAAAAUGAACAGGUGGUGUUCAUCCACAGAGCAAAGUUGUUUCGUUAUGCUAAAGAUCUUCAGCAGUGGAAAGAGAGGGGUAUUGGGGAUAUCAAAAUACUGCAAAACGAUGAUUCCAAACGUGUACGGCUUGUUAUGAGGCGAGAUCAGGUGCUCAAACUGUGUGCUAAUCAUUGGAUUACCUCCAGCAUGAAGCUGGAACCCAUGAAAGGUGCCGAAAAGGCAUGGGUGUGGAGUGCUUUUGACUUUGCAGAAGGCAAGGGUAACAUUGAGCAACUGGCUGUUCGCUUUAAAUUACAGGAAGUAGCAAAUUCUUUUAAGGAUGCUUUUGAGAAAGCUAAGGAUGCUCAGGAAAACAAGGUUCUGGUCUCACCCAUUUCACCUGGGGAAGCUCCCUCACAAGAGGCUCUCUGUCAGAAGCCUGCUGCUGUGAUGUUGAAAGAGACUUCUCAAGAAAAUCUUUCUCAUGGGUCGUGUACCCCAGAUAAUAUGACAGCUGCCCCAUUCAUGGCACACUCUCAUAACUUAUCUGCAGCUGUUGUUUCACCACCAAAAUUUGUCUUUGGCUCUGACUCUGUCCAAAAAAUCUUUGGAAGCCCGUCAUCUUGUACACAGAAUGUUUCCAGUAAGAUUAAACCAAAAGAGAAAGCACUCACUGCUUCAUCCCCAAGCUUCAAGAUUUCCGUCAGUGCCUCUCAGCCCUCACUAAGUCCCAUGAUGCCUGCAUUCAGAGUUCCAGAGGGAGGAUUGGAUUUUAGGCUUUUCAAAGAUAAUCCAAUGGCAUUUUGGACCAGCGCAGCAUCCAACCGAUUCAAACCCCAAGUUGCGAGUGAGAGUAAAGGCAGAACAGACAUCGCAGACACGAGUGAAGAUGUGGAGGAUGUCCAGGUCGUGUUUGUGCGUGAGCCCACCAGUGAGCAAGCACGCCUGGCCCGGGAACUCCUGCUGCCCAUCACUUUCUUCUGUUAUCAGAAUGAGCCCGACUACAUCAGUGAUGACGAGGAUGAUGAUGAAGACUUUGACACGGCAGUGCGGAAGCUUAAUGGGAGGCUGUAUCCCAGUAAUCCUGAAGGUGCCACAGUGCAGGAAAAAGCUCUUCUCCUCAUGUGUAACAAUAGCAACUACAGACUCCAAAUGGUAGAAGCAAGCCUAGAAUCCAGCGGAAAAUGGCUGGGUGAUGGAGUUGCGACCUGCGAGAGAGUACCGGUAACUGAACUGGGCAGAGACAAGUGCCUCCAGCAUCCCCACACAGAGGCUGACAAGGGUGUACAGAGGAGAGAACAGUUGUCUCUUUCCGCCGUGUCCAGCAGCAGCGACACCCCUGUGGCCACUGUGAAUAUGACUAAGGGCGUGGUCAUAGUCCCUGAAAGCCAGCCUGAUUCCACAAGUGAUGCUUACCCAGUCUUUGUUGCCGGAGACAGCUGCCCCAUUGACCUGUCUGCUAAGAAAAGCGAUAAGCCAGACUCCACCAGUAAAGAUACUUUUUCAUUUGGAAUUCAGUCUGUGGGGGGAGUUUCCUUUGCAGACCUCGCAAACAGUUCAGGGGAAUAUGCUUUUGGAAAACAAGAUUCCAGUUUUACCUGGGCUAAUGCAGGAGCCGCUGUGUUUGGGAUCGGUACCGUGUCCCAACGAACGGAAGAUGAGGCGAGUGACGAUGCAGAGGCCCCCUCCAGUGAUGAUGUGCAUUUUGAGCCUAUUGUUCACCUGCCAGAGGUGGAGAUAAAGUCUGGUGAGGAAGAUGAAGAGGUCCUUUUCAAAGCGCGGGCCAAGCUUUACCGCUGGGACCGUGCCCUGUGCCAGUGGAAAGAGCGUGGUGUAGGAGACCUCAAGAUCCUCUGUCAGCAACAAAAAUGUUACUACAGAGUCCUCAUGCGAAGGGAGCAGGUUCUCAAAGUUUGUGCUAAUCACACUAUCACCACGGCUAUGGAGCUGAAGCCUAUGAGUUCCUCCAGCAACGCUCUGGUGUGGACUGCCACUGACUACUCUGAGGAAAAUCCGAAGGUAGAGCAGCUGGCAGCUAAGUUUAAAAAUGAAGAACUGGCAGACACCUUCAAGAAGAUGUUUGAGCUGUGCCAGAGCCAUUUGACUCAAGUGGAACCUUCCCAGACCCCUGGCCAUCUGGAGUUUACCAGCAAAGACUAAGAGGGGGGACAUGAUCCAGCUCCAUAACCAAGCAGGAUGGAACAGGAGGAAAGUCCAUCCAUGGAAAUAAGUUUGAAGAUGAGAACUUUGUUGUAAGACACAUCAGGCCAGGUCUGCUGUCCAUGGUGAACCGCGACAGGAAUACCUCCAUGGGGGUGGUCACACAGAUGGGACAUCUUAGCUUAAAGUGGGAAGACACUUAAACGCAUAGUUAGUACAGACUGUGGGCAGCUGUAGCCGACUCUCAACACUCUGCACUGUGUGCAUUUUGUAUGUGUGGUUUUGUAAAUGUCUUUAUAUUAAUAAAGGAUAAAUUUUACUAUA